UCGCCAGCGCCAGAGCCGGAGCAGGGCCCUGGGGAGAUGGCUGUGGUCUCGGCCGCAGAGAGGACCCGAGAGAACGCGCCGCGGCCCCAUGUCUCAGCCAGGGCUCCCUUCCCCAGCCCCCACCUGUGGAUGUAAUGGCGGCUCCUGCUCUGUGCUGGCGUCUGUCCCUCCUCCUCUUCCUCCUGCCCCUGCCCAUCCUUGGGGCGUCCACAGCGGUGAAAGACACCCCCGAGCUCACAUGCUUCUACAACUCCCGAGCCAACAUCUCCUGCAUCUGGAGCCCGGGGCGGGGCCUGCCGGACCCUUCCUGCCGCCUCCACGCGAAGCCGCGGCAACGUUCCUGGAACAGAUCCUGUGAGCUGCUCCCAGCGGGGCCGGCAUCCUGGGCCUGCAACCUGAUCCUUGACGGGAGCCCAGAGUCUCAGAUGCUGACCGCAGCGGACGUCGUCAACAUGUCUGUGAUGUGUCGGGACAGGGAGAAGUGGCGGUUGGCGAUGACCCAGAAGUUCCAGCCCUUUGAGAACCUUCGCCUGAUGGCACCGAACUCCCUCCGUGUCACCCACCUGGAGACCCGCAGCUGCAACAUCACCUGGGCCAUCAACCAGUCCUCCCACUACAUUGAACGGUACCUGGAGUUUGAGGCCCGGAGCAGGGACACAAGCCUCAGCUGGGAGGAGGUCCCCCUGCUGACCAUCGGGCAGAACCAGCGGUGGAUCUACCUGGAGACCCUGGACCCGGGCACCCAGUAUGAGUUACAGGUGCGGGCCAGGGCCCAGCGAGGCAGCAACUCGACUUGGAGCCCCUGGAGCCGGCCCCUGGCCUUCCGGACGUUGCCUGAGUCCCCUUCGCCGGGCCAUAUCAUCGUGGGCCUCAGCGGUGCCUUUGGCUUCAUCAUCAUAGUCUACCUGCUAGUCAACUGCCGGUACCUCGGGCCGUGGUUGAAGAAGGUUCUGAAGUGUCACAUCCCAGACCCCUCGGAGUUCUUUUCACAGCUGAGCUCGGAACACGGAGGAGAUUUCCAGAAGUGGCUGUCCUCGCCCUUCCCCUCGUCCUCCUUCAGUCCUGGUGGCCCGGCCCCCGAGAUCUCCCCGCUGGAGGUGCUGGACAGGGAGGCCAAGGCCACACAGCUGCUCCUGCUGCAGCAGGACAAAGCGCGCUCAUCCUCCCUGGAGACCAGCGGCCACUCGCUGACCAGCUGCUUCACCAACCAAGGCUACUUCUUCUUCCACCUCCCGGACGCGCUGGAGAUCGAGUCCUGCCAGGUGUACUUCACCUAUGACCCCUGCGUUGAGGAGCCCGACGACCAGGGCGGGCCUGGAGCGCCUGAGGGGCCUCUCCUCCCACCCCUGCCGCCUCUGCCAGGGGAGGACGACGCCUACUGCACCUUCCCCCCCAGGGAUGACCUGCUGCUCUUCUCCCCUACUCUCGUUGGUGGCCCAGGCCCCCCAAACACUGCCCUGGGGGGCACUGGGGCUGAUGAAGAGAGGCUACCCCCAUCUCUGCAGGAGGGAGUCCCCAAAGACUGGGGCCCCCAGUCCCUGGAGCCUCCCACCCCGGCAGCCCCCGACCUGGUGGAUUUCCAGUCACCCCUGGAGAACGCACUGGGAGAAGCUGGGGAGGGGGGCUCCGGCCCUGGCCCUGGCCUUGGGGUGGGGGCAGGCUUCCCCUGGGCCAGCCCCCCCGGGCAGUGCCAGGUCAGAGCCCCCACCUUCUGCCUGCCCCUCAACACUGAUGCCUACCUGUCCCUCCAAGAGCUCCAGGAUCAGGACCCAGCUCACUUGGUGUAGACAGACGGCCAGUGGCGGGGCAGGUGGCCACCCACUGUCACUCCAGGCCCAGUUGGGGACUCUGUCGCCAAGGCUUGUCCUCUGCUGAGAUACUCGGUGUCCAGCUGCCCCCUGGACAUCUUUGCCCAGAUGGCCCCCACCGGGCCCUGCGCAUGGGGCUGUUCACUGCCAAACCGCACGUGUUGCUCCCUCGUCCUACGUCCUGCCCCAGCCAGGAACUGCCGGCGGAGGGGCACUUGGACCCCCCAUCAAUCAUGGGGAGCCCUGGGUUUUGCCUCUGAAGCAUCGCUCCUCCCCAGCCUGCAGCAGUUCCUCGAGGAGGAGAGAUCUCGUGGCUCUCCAGGGUUGGCGCCCGGCCUCUGGACUGGGCUGCCCGCCCAGCCCCACCCCCUCUCAGCCCCCCUCACCCACCUCCCCGGGGCUGCCGGAACCCUCUUUCCAAAACACACGUGUGGCCAUGCCAUCCUUGUUUAGAACCACGCCAGGACUCCUCACUGUACCCCUGGCCUGGCCACACCCCUCCAGCAUCACACAGGGUCAUUCCCUCUGGGAACCCUCUGGACAGUCCUCCUGAGCCCCUUGGAGCUCCCUCGUGCCCCUACACCUCUGCACACGCCAUUCUCUGUGCCUGGGUGCCCUCCUCUCUCGUCUGGAUGACAAACCAGCUCCAUCCCUCCACUGUGAGCGCAGCUUCCCCUGGAGGGAAACGCUGCCGCCCUUCACGUGCCCGAACCCUGGGAUUCAGUGCAGGAGGGACCAGUUCUCCAGGUCACAGGGCGGCUGGACAAAGAGGCCCUGUCCCUUCUCUUGGGAAUCUCCCAUGGCCGCAAAACGUUUGGCUCCUGCAUCUUUAAUGGGGUCCAAGCACGGACACACAUCCCCCGCCAAAGUGGACCUCGGCCGGAUCCUUCCGCAAUGGCGUCACGGAGCACUCAGGCAUGCUGCCGGAAGGAACCCCGCCUGGUCUUUCAGACAGCCCAGUGCUGGUCCCUGCUGCUGCCCCCUCCACUGCAGGGGUCUCUUCCGAAGCCGAGGGCCUGCUGGACCUCCUCCAGGAGUGCAGCUCCAUCGCUGCACUUGGCACAGUGCACUUGACCCCGCCCCCCGUUGUGUUCCCCCGAUAAAUGAAUGAGCUGUCUGGUGCCACCUUGCCUGGGCUUCCCAUGCCCAGCUGCCUUCUCACGCACGGGGGCACCAUCCACCUCAUGAGAGCACCCUGGGCACCCUAACCCUUCUGAGGUCAGCACUCAGAGAAGUGAGGCCCCACACCCACUAGGUCCCAGCAUCCCCGCUCCAGCAAGAGGCUCAUCCCCUUACGUGGAAGUCCUCCCCCCUCACUUCCUUCUCAGGGCCUCCCGCCACCCCUCCACUUCUGUUCCCUCUGCCCCUGGCACUGAUCACGCCGGUGACCUCUAUCUCCCCACACCGGGAAGGCCCCAGCCUCCGUUACAACUGAGCAGGGAAAGUAAAGUGCCUAUAUUUAUAGGCCUUGCUCGAAGCUGAUUGGGCGCUUGACCCAGGCCAGCAACCUAUGAGGUGGUUUAGAACAGAAGCUUUAUCUAAUCAGGGAGGCAAGGACUGCGCUGGCCAAUCAGAUUUCUCCCAGUCUUGGGCCUUUGACCGCAAGGAAGGAGGGAGGCCCCUGGACGCUGGCACACGUGGGGAAGGCACUGGAACAGGUUAGAGAGGCAUUGAGCCCCGCCUCCUGAUACAAAGACUCCUGCUGCUGAGGGGGCUACUGGCCGUUAACUCAGGAUUCCUAUUCCCUUAUGGCCAAAAUCACCCUUUCCUGAGGCUGCCCAAGUCUUCAGUUCUUACGAUGGAAUAGCUUAAUUGCCCUACAGGGUCCCUUCCCACUCCCUGCCAUCGGGUUCCUCGUAUUCUGGGCCACUGGGUGCCGCCGUCCUGGCGCAGGCGUCAGACCCCUGCUGUGUGUGCUGGGGCAAACCGGGGAACCUCUGCGAGCCAUCUGGCAGAGUCCUCGGGAGGGUGACAUUUCUCAGCCUCGGUCACUGGUGUUACACAGAUGUUCAAUGAUCUGUGUGCGCCAUCUUUGAUUCUGUUUACUUCGUAUUUUUAAGUCAAUGCACAUUUUUGGUUAUAUCCUUUUAUUUAACGGGAAAUCUAUUGCUUCUGUAAAUGGAAAGCUGAUAUUCACGAUAAAUAAAAGGUAACUGUCAAAACUAAA